AAAUCUAGAAAAUGAGUAAAAUUAAUUCACCAAGUUCCAAUAAUAGCGCAACAUCAUCUGAAACAAGUGAAACACAAAGUAUUGAUGAUAAUUCUCCAGGAAACAAUAACAGGUAGGCUAUACAUAAGUUCGCUAUAUAAACAUAUCGUUUCGUGUUGAAAGACAAUCAAAAAUGGGAAUGCUAAUAAAGCUUUAUUAUGUGAAUAUAUUAAUUCAAUCAUUCACACGCUAAAGUAUAAAGUUAAUCAAAGAGUGUUACCAAAAGAAUAGCACGAAAUUUGACUUUCAUUACAACAAUCAGUUUGAAAAACUUGUCGGCUGAAUAAUAACGUUCUUCAAAACAAAUAUCAUUUAUGGAAAUUGAAACACCUGCUGAGGAUUUAAGUAAAGAAGAUGAAAAUGCACUUUAUAAACUUAAAUGGAAGAAGGCUGUAAAAAGCUGGAAGCGCAUGAAAGAUGAAGGCGAUAAGAAAAGACCACCAUGGAAAUCUGUGAGUGUUUCUACACUUCCAAAGGCUGAUAAAAAUGCAUUACUUCGAGCGAAAUUACUGGAUGCAUCAAGGCGUCUUCGAUUAUCCAAGUUAUCCAUUGCUAUUCAAGUUGAUUUACCGAUAUACAAACCAAGUAAUACGAUUGGAAUUCCUAUUCAAAAUGAUCUUAUACUUAAGCAUGACGUAAGCAUCCUUACCGAUGGAUCAAUUACAUUAAAAAAAGAAGGACCUGGAGAAUUCAUUCUUACCCAUUCGGCAUCUCAAAUGACAGAGGCUAUUGUGGGAAUCGACUCUUCAACACAAACUCUCUUACCACGCUCAACAACUCGCUUUUGGGAAGCUUAUUUAUCUAAUGACCCACAAUGUAAAGAUUCUUCAUUUACACCAAUCGAACAAAAUCUUCAAACUCAAAUACGUGAAAUUCGAAAAAUUAACAAACAAAUUUCUCAAAGAUCAAAGAGUUACGAAGAAAUGUCUGAUGAUUCGAUAACCGGCAAUGGCGAUAAAACAUCUUUAAUUAAACAUUUUAAGAAAAUUUCAAAAUCCACUGGCUCUUUACUAAAGCCAACAUUGUCGAGUUGGCAUUUUGAAUAUCCUGUCGAGGAGGAGACUCAUUGGAAACCUUAUACAACCAAAGCAAUACCAUGGAGUAGCUUUUCUAACACUGAAAUAGAAGAUAGACUCUCAAAUAUGAAAUUACAACCAAUUCUAGCUGAUAAACAAAAAGCUCCAAAUACUGACAUUCAAGAAUGUGCUUUGAAUGCAGAUCUUUAUGAUGCUGUCCAAGAACUUGUUGUUGAAUCAAAUAGUUUGGUUGAAACAUUUAGUCGUUUAUCUUCGGUUUUGAUUAAAGAGGAUUUAAAAGUUAAGCCGCCCAUAGAAAGCUUUAAGAUAAAUAGCCUUUCCGACUAUUGGGUUCCAAUAGUGGAAAAACAUGAAGCAAAUGUCAAAAAGCUGACGAGUGAACUUAAACAUCCCAAAAUAAGAAAAGCCAAACCUAUUGUAAUGGCCGAUUUAGAUAGAAUUUUGCAUCCCAAGACAGCUGUUUAGGGUCGAUAGAGAAGGGAUACAAAUAUUAAAAACGCUUAAUAACAUGCAAAAUAAAAAUAAAAUCAAUUAAACACUUAAAAUGUAAUUUUUUUUUAAUAAUAAUGUGCCUUAACAAGAAUUAUAAU